ACAGACCACAAUUCCCAUCUAAGACUGUCCACCAUGAUCGCCUCUCGAUUGAUCACCCGAGCCGCCCCAAGGGCCAAGGUUGUUACUACUCAACAACGAAGAGGAUUCUUGGAUUACAUCACCAACUAUCCCGACAAGAUCAAUGAGAUUAAAAAGAUCCAAAUGAAGGGAGGAACCUGCCAGGGUGAAGCCAACCCCACAUGGUUGAAGCAGGAAGGAGACAACAUUACCAACUAUGUUGGAAUGUUCCUUUGCUUUGUGGGAUUUGCGCAAUUGGCUACUGGCCAUUACAAAUUGGCCACUGGCUCUGGAAAAAUGCCAGAGUAAACUGAGUACCAUACCAAUAAUUAUUAUAUCAAUGGCAAUACAGAUCAAAAUUAUUGAUGAGUCCUUCAGCACCAAGACAAAUCUUGUUUCCAAAAGGUAAAUAGUCAAGUUUUUAAAAAGGUUAAGGUAUAAUCAGUGGUUGUUCCUUUUCAAAACUGUUCCCUUGGUCUGCAUCAUGCCUCCGUUUUCACUCCAGGACACCACCUAGAUAGCUUCUAGUUACAUACAUGUAGUUACCUAUGGCUGUGCUGUGGCCAGUCCCUGUGAUAAAGUAGCUGUACCGUAGGCAACAAACGAACUAGCAAUGGAAGUUUGCAACUACUACAGUAUAGAAAAGGGCUAGUAGAAAUCUAUCAUAAUAAUAUCCUCAGGCU